ACCGUAUGCAUUGACUGUUGACUGCAUGGUUGACUGUCACUCUGUCCCAAACUCAAACAUCAGGUGUAAAAGUUCAGCGACUGUCAGGAACAAGAAACUAAACGACUGAGAUGGCAACGAGCUCGGAGGUGUUCUCGUAUGAGAGCUUGGUUCAUGCUGUGGCAGGAGCCGUGGGAAGUGUGACAGCGAUGACAGUGUUUUUCCCCCUGGAUACCGCCAGACUGCGUCUGCAAGUGGAUGAAAACAGGAAGGCCAAAUCCACUCCAGCAAUUCUGGCAGAUAUUAUCAAAGAAGAAGGACUACUUGCACCCUACAGAGGCUGGUUCCCUGUCAUCUGCAGUCUUUGCUGCUCCAAUUUUGUCUAUUUCUACUGUUUCCACUGCCUCAAAGCCAGUUGGCUGAAGGGAAAACCAUCAGCACCCACCACUGACUUAAUCGUAGGCAUCGCUGCAGGAGUUGUAAAUGUAUUGGCCACCACUCCUUUGUGGGUGGUCAACACAAGGCUGAAGCUUCAGGGAUCCAAGUUUCGCAAUGAAGACAUCCGUCCCACCAACUACUCUGGCAUCUUAGAUGCAUUUGUGCAAAUCGUCCGUGAUGAGGGCAUCGGGGCCCUGUGGAACGGAACCUUCCCGUCCCUGCUGCUGGUGCUGAACCCUGCCAUCCAGUUCAUGAUUUACGAGGGCCUGAAGAGGUGGCUCAGGAGAGGAAUUCCCAGGGAACUUUCAUCACUAGAGAUCUUUGCGAUUGGCGCUGUCGCCAAAGCUGUUGCCACCACUGUUACAUACCCUCUGCAGACCAUACAGUCCAUUCUUCGGUUUGGUCAGUUCAACACUACAACAGAGAAGUCAAAACUGCUGUCCAGUAUGAAAACGAUCAAGUGGCUACUCGUCAAUAGGACAAGGAAGGACGGCAUGUUGGGUCUGUUUAAAGGCCUGGAGGCCAAGCUGCUGCAAACGGUGCUGACCGCUGCCCUUAUGUUUCUUCUCUAUGAGAAGAUCGCCAACAGUACCUUCAGAGUAAUGGGACUAAGCAACAACCACUUCAAGAAACAUUAGGUGGCAAAACCCCUCUGUAGCAUCCCAGUCGAAAUCAAAGCAAGUCUGGACUGAAGGUCUCAUCAUGUAGUUUAUUACUCUGUACCUCAGACAAAAAAAAAACACUGAGAUUAAUAGCAAUAAUCAUGUGUUAUCGUUUCAAAAACACUGAAUCUUUAGCUGUGACCUGUUUGCAAUAUAUUCCAUCCAAAAAAUGAUUACAAAAUAAAGCACUACUGUUUUUUUUUUUACGUUGCUACAGGAUGUUUCUGAAAGAAUAAGAGUGUGUGUAUUGUUAAGCUGCAAAUCAGGUGUUGUUGUAAAUCUGUAAUAAGUGCUUUUGAGUUUCUCAUCCUAUUGACUUAUUUUCCUUCAGCAGAGGGAGAACAAGAUAAUAAAUGUAAAAUAAAUUGUUUUCCAAAUGG